AUGGUCUCUCCGUUCCCUCCUCCUCUAAGGUGCCAGGUCUUCCGCUCGCUUCGGCAUUCCGCUAUCUCGAGGCUCCCUCUCUUCGGCAACAAUACCCCGCGUCCCCCCACACGGGGGCUCAAUAAUCCCCCCACCCAGCGACCGGACAGCAGGAACUACGGAGCAAAUCCAGAAGGAGAGCAGGCAUCCACCGUCACGGGAAGCCCGGUCAGCGGUCCCACCAACAGACGCCCGACCCGGCCCUCUAAGCAGGCCCAAGACGCGGAAGCGGGCGUAACCACCUCCCCGGCCCGCCCCCACCCCACGACUCUCGCUCGAAUGGCUACAGCCGCGCCACCAGCCCCCCACAAGACGCACCCCACACAAGUCUCCGACCACCUCGUCAUCCACCCUUCGCGAUCGCGACGGCGCCUCACGUGCUGCUACUACCCUCUUCUCCCAGCGAACCCUCGCCCCAGCCUCCAGUACCACUUCCCCUCGACUACUCAUCAUGCCUCUCCUCAUCCUUACGCGAGAAGCGUCCACCUCUCUCACCUCAGUCUCUCGCCCCAACUCAGACUCCUCCCCGCGACAAGUGCUGUAGCCACUCCACGGCAGACACGUCGCAUACCACGCGCCAAGCCAUACCCUCCUAUCACGAGGUCACCUCGCCCCGAACACCCUCUCGGGAAUCACUACCUGGACCUGACCUUCCACCUGUUUGUGUGUGCACUUGCCGGAGCUGGAGCCGCCGUCAUCGCGAUGGUGCACUUCCUGAUGGCCCUGGCAGCUAACUGGGGCUACCUGAAGGAUGCCAGCCGGAUGCAGAAGUACGAAGACAUCAAGUCCAAGGAGGAGCAGGAGCUGCACGACAUCCACUCCACGCGCUCCAAAGAACGACUCAACGCUUACACAUAG